AUGUCCGACAAGGAAAACGCCCAGACCCCCCCGCACGAAGAGGACCCCAUCAAGCAAGAACCCUCCGACGACGACCAAGACCAGGACCAACCCGAACCCGAACAAGCGCCCCAGCCCCAGGCCCAACACAGACGCCGCCCCCGGCCCCCGCCCUACCAGCAAGACUCGAUGGACAGCAACACGGCCCUGGACCGGCCACGACGGCAGCAGCGCCGCCAGCGCCGCCAGCCGCUGGGCGGCGACGACGGCGGGCCCCUCGGCGGGCUCGGCGGCGUCAACCAGGCCGGCGACCUCGUGCAGAACACGGCGGGCAACGCCGUCAACGGGGUGACCAACACCGCCGGCAAGGCGGUGGGUGGCCUGCUUGGCGGGAACAAGGGCGAGGAGAAGGACGACGGCGGGCGCGACGAGCAGCUGCGGCUGCGGCUGGAUCUGAAUCUGGAUAUCGAGGUGCAGCUCAAGGCCAAGAUCCACGGUGAUCUUACGCUGGGGUUGUUGUAUGUAUCUUCUGUCCCUGGGGAUGAGUACAAAGCUAACGCGGGCUGGUUUGAGUUCUUUUGGAUUUGGUAUGGUUUUGGGCUGGCAGGCUGGUUCUGA